GGAGAUUAGAAAACCCUUGCUCUCUUCCUUCGACGUCUUCUACUAUUCCUCCGCAUCCGCGGUCGCAGUGCUCCCUUGAAAUCCUUCGCGCUCCAUCACCAUGGCGAAGUAGGAGGCGAAGCCAUUUCCGGAGCCAUGGCGACCUCGAGGGAUGUCCAGGAGAUCAUCUCCAAGCUAUCGUCCGAUAAAGCCAAAGCUCGGGAGGAAGGGGUAAAACUUUUGAGUAGCUGGUUAGAAGGUGAGCGAUCGGUGGAUUUCUGCAAGCUUCUCAGCCGGAACACUGCCAAGAUCAAGCCGGAUGAGAUCCCACACUCUGAGACAUGGCCUUUUCUAGUCACGUUGCUCAUGAGAUGCAUCUCGUCAGAAAUUUCUACAAGUAAGAAACGCCCACCAAAGUUGAUCUUUGCGAAGACUCUUCGAAUGACAAUUCAGUAUGCAGAAGAUGCAAGGAUCUCAGGAAACAGUUUUCUUUUAUUUUCUGUUGUGAAAGUGGUAUUCAAUCAUGCAUUGGAUGUUAUUAAGGAUGUUCCUAGCUAUCAGUUAGAAUACAACAGCAUUCUUAGGCAUCUUCUAACUGUCAAAGAGUACCGAUAUCAAAUGAGGAAGCGGGUUUAUUGCGGUCUAAUAGUUCUCUACACCACCAAGUUGGGUACAUUGAUGGAUUUGAAUCCUAGCCAGGCCGGUUCCAAUGAGGAUAGUUUCCGCACUAUCGUAAUUCUUUAUGUUCUCUUAGAAAACCCACCUGGUGAUUAUCCAGAUAACAUUCGAGAAGAUGUUGUGCAGACAUUUACAAAAGUUUUCUUCAAAGUGCGGAAUGAAGGGAAGGUUUUGAGGAAACUCAUGGAAUGCUUGAAUAUAUACUUGUUAAGAGAUGGUCCGAAUCUUGGCCAUCAGGCUUUGGAGAUUCAUUCUGCCGUGAAGGAAAUUAUAUUCAGGUGUUGGCUUACCACUCAUGAUCAAGGACUAAAGAGUUCCUUUAUUAAUUAUAUGAGGAUUCAACUAAGCCUGAUUCGAAGUUUAUCAGAAGGAGCUCCAAUUAUAGAACAAUUUCUUGAUGUUAUCACCAAAGAAUUUGACCAUGGCAUAAAUGUUGCUGGAGUGCUUUGGUACGAUGUAUCUAAAGAUGAUAAAUCUGGAUCUCUUGGUAGCAUUCGACAAAGCCUCAUGGAGCUUGCAGCCACUGUUUUCUAUCAGGCCUGCAGAAUUAAGUGCAAAGCGACUUGUACUGAGAGUAAUGAGAAACGGUUGAAGAUGGAGCAUGCUGCUGGUCGUGUUAAGGAUGGGAUCAUGAAAGCUUCUUGCCUACGGAACGGGGCAUUUUCUUUUCUUAUUCAUAAUUAUGGUCUUCGACUGGAUAAGACCUUAUUAAUCUAUUGGUUUGAAGGUGCGAUUGAAGGUUUGAAAAGGAUACUAGGUGGUUCUACUUUGAAUUCACAUGAUGCACUUCUUUGGCUUUUACGGGCAUUGCAGGGAUUUUCAUCUGUGUUCCUGUUUCAUGGUUUCCAUCACCUAGAAGAGCGUCCCAAGAACUCAUGGUUCACCUCAAAUGAGAUUACAAAUCUCAGAAAUUGUUGGCAAGAGAUUUGGAGUUAUUUGAUGCGGGGAUUACUUGUUCUGAGUAGUUUCUCUUCUAUUAUUGAUGUUACUUUGACACUACUUGGCAAUAUGAUUGAGAGGGAUCAAGUUAGUGUAAUUGCAGUUCCUCAAGAUAUAUGGGAUUUGAGGACGUUUAAGCACAUGCCUACAAUGUCUACACUGUACUUUGUCACUAGUUAUUUUUCACAAGGAGGUGCUAAGGGUGAUGUUCGUGAUGUUUUGUAUCUUAGAAAAGAUUUGCUUAGAGCAGUUCUGGAGAUAUUUGAGAUGAAGCAAGCUGGUGUAUGGAAUGCACAAAUGGUUGCACUCGUUCCUGAGGCUGUAUUUUCUCUUUGUGCUGGUACUGUGUCUCCUGUUCCUUCUGGACAUUUAUCCAUGGCUCCUAGAUCUUGUGAGGACUGUGCCGAGUGUGGACAGAUUCUUCUGAUGACGGAUGAACUGGAACAUCUUGAAAAAGUUUUAGAAUGUUCUGUGGAAGCUUUGGCAGAAAUUAAAUGUGUACCUUCCUCUAAGGAGAAAACAAGCUGCCAUAGUUGUGUAUGCCUUCCCAAUCAGAUCAGACAACCAUUAAUUCAUGAACUUAAAGAACACCUUGCUGAUUUUGUAACUUCAAAUUCCAACUUAGCAGAGACUUCUCUUUCAUCUCAAUUUUAUUUGUGUUCCCUUUUGUGUAAUAGCAUCUACUAUUCAAUAAUAUCAAGGAUUACAGAAGGAGAUAAAUCUGUCAUUCACGCUAAGGUUAUUGAGUAUAUUUUAAUGAUUCUGGAUCACAUUGUUUUGGUGGUAGAGGAUAGAUGCAACGAAUUGAGAUGCUACAAUUUUGUUAAUAUUGGUUUUGUGCUUGACUCUGCUGGGUCCACUGCAUCCUCUCUGUGUAGCUUGUUGUCCUCACCACUAUUUAAGCUUUUGAGUGGCAAUGAUGGCUCUGUUUGCCACCUUGUCAGGGUCACACAUGCAAUUGAGAAACUGUUGGUCGUCUUUGGAAAAUUAUUCAAUGUGUUGUCAAAUGUUUCAAGCAAUAUGCCUGAGAUAGACCAUCUAUCUGUAUCAUCUAUGGAUUCUUCACAAUGUAUAAUUGCUGAACAUAGUGCCAGAAUUGUUGAUAUGGAGCUUGAUGCUUAUGUAUCUUCAAAAGAUGUGGAUCUUGUUGCACUGCGUGGGAAUAAAAAUUCCAUUUCUUCAACACCUUUGCAGUGGAAGUUAGAAUUGGUUUCUAUCAUUUCAAAUUUUUAUGCAGCAUUACCAUGCUGUACAUGGGAAAUCUUGUCUGAGAUGAUGGGGAAAGAAAAUGACUCUAAGGUUCGUGAAAAUAUUUUGUUUAACCUUUGCAAACAUUUUUCUGGCCCUUCGGGAAGUUUAUCUGCCUUGGUUAGUUUGAUAAGUGACUUUACAAAUAAGGAUGGAAUUAUGAAGUUUUAUAACAGAAAUAUUUUGACUUGCAUUAAUGUUCUGUUGAAGUCAUUGGAGUCCAUUUAUUCUAGCAGAAAUUCAAAGAAGAAGAGUCAAGUAUCCAAUGAAAGCAUGCCAUUUGAGGAUUUGAAUUCUCUUUGCAACAUCCUUAAUGCAAUUGCUGAGGUUGGUCUUGCAGAUUGGUAUGCUCGUAUUGAGCUGAUAAAUUGUAUUAGUUGUCUUGUUUUGAUAGAGCCUCAAUCUGCCCAGGUUUUGAUUGAAAGACUUCUGGUCAUGCUGCAAGACCCUGAUUAUCGUGUUAGACUCUUUUUAGCUAGAAAGAUUUCCCUCCUUUUUCAGACAUGGGAUGGGCAUAAUGAGUUGUUCAAUGACAUUUGUUUGAAUUUUGGUUUGGAAAUGGUGAGGUUUGGUAAAGGGAAGACUGUGAAGGCCCAUCAGAUCUUAGAUGCAGGUCCACAGGGCACACUUUUUGUAGAAACAGCUCUUAUCACUUUGGCGCAUCUGGCCUUAGCUAGUGAAGAAAUUGAAAUUGAGGCUGCCUUUAUGAUGUGUGUGGUUGCUGCUAUGGAGCCCUCUGAACGAGAGCUGGUGUAUGCACUUCUUGACAAUUUAUCAAGAAGUCUCCAAUAUGCUUCCAAAAGCAAGUACUUGGAGCAGCUGAUCGGUCCAAUCCUUGCUCGUUGGGUGGCUUGUGAUGUAAAUUUAAUGUCCCUUAUUGAGGUACAAAGUCUAUUUUGUGAUGAAUCAAGUGUAAAAUGUUUUGUGAAAUACUGUUGCCCAUGGCUUCUACCUCCUCUGAUGUUGUCUGGAGAUAAUGCUCGUCUUAAUUGGAUAUCAAAGGUUUCUCUGCAGCCUCUAUCUGAUCUUGUAAAGGAAUACUUUGUGCCAAUUUGUGCGUCAUGCAUUGCGGUGUAUUGUAGUAUGAGAUCUGACAAGGAAAUUGCAGGGCUGGCCCUUAACAAUUCAAUUUUGCAGUUUGGCAAAAUUUCUGAGGUUGAGAGAGAUGAACUUGUUAAGAAAAACAUGGUGUCAAUUGUCAGCUUCCUUCUGUCACUUACUUCCUGUUCUGUUGAUCCUGAACUGCCAUACUUUACAAAAGAUACUGUGGUUCUUGCAGUUCAAACAGUUGUAGAUGGUUUUCUGGAUAUAGAUACUAAUCACAUCAGUGGUGUUGUGGACAAAAUAAAUAUUUUUCGCCCUGACAGGAUUUUCAUGUUUUUGUUAGAGAUACAUUAUCAGAUAACUGCUGCAGUUCAUACACGACAUAUUUGCCAUCGACUAUCUGCAAUGGAGGUUCUUACUCGGCUAAUCGGGCAUAGGGCUACUAAUCCUAGUAGUUCAUAUUUCUAUUUCAGCUAUAUUAUGAGUAUUAUUGGCCAGUUGAUUUGUAGUCAAUUCCUCCAAGAACAGUGUUGUAUUAUCCUCUCUACUUUGCUUGAGGCAUUUAAAACAGAAUCUGGAAAGGAUGCUUACAAUGUGCUUGGUGAACAGCUUCAGUUUUUGGUUUCAAAGUUGGUAUCAUGUUGCAUUCCUACCGAAUCCCAAGAAGAAAAGAUUGCUCCUCUUUCACCCAGGAUAAUAUCUUUGCUCCAUGAACUAAUUGUAGAUGCUGACCCAUUGCUUCUAGAUCAUAUCAAAGAGUUGGAGCCUUUCCCAGAGGUUGAAUCAUUGGAGAAAAUACGACUAUUUCAUGAUGACCUCUGCCAGGGUUAUUCUGUGAGGGAUCAACUUUUGAAGUUUGCAAAACGAGCUUAUUAUCUUCCUAAAGGGCUUCUUAUAUGGAGUCUUCGAAAUCUUCACAAGAAGUUGAUGUCAGGAGAAAUUAUUGGGAAAAAGACUAAUGAUAUAGGACAAGUGUCUAUAAGAAGCUUCUGGGAUAAUGAUCCAGAUGUUAUUAGUGCUGUUUGGAUGCUUGUUGACUUGUGCAGCUCCAAUGAAGAAAAUGUUAUGAGUGGAAUGCUUGCAGAUUUCAUGUCUCGGACUGGUAUAGGUGAUCCUUGUCAUGUUGUCUUUCAUUUGCCAACUAUGUCUACUGAAAGCCAUACUUCCCGGUCAUUAGAUAUUGUCCAUCUGAAGGAGAAAAGUGCCUCUUCAUAUUCAGAGGUUUCAGAUGAUCUUCUAAUUUAUCUUUUGAGAUUGUUGAAAAAGUUUCUAGCAGAUGAUUCUGUGGAGAUUGUGGACAUCACUUCACGAACAUUGCGGGGUAUUCUUUCAACUGAAAAGGGGUUUGCUGCUUUAUCGUCUCUUGAUGCAUAUGAGAAGUCUCUGGUUGUGGUUCAUUCAAAAGGUGUGAAUAUUGAUGUCGUGGAAAAAAUGCUUUUGGAUAUGAGAAAAACUUCUGAUGGAGCAGUUUCAUUGGAAGAUUCUUCUCUGUGGACAACACACAGUAAAACUUACAAAAUGUGGGUCUGCACAUUGGUGCACUCACUUAUUCUUCAUUGUGAUGAUAUAAUUCUUAGACUUUGCCAAAAUAUAGUGUUACGGAAAGAGGAGAUAGCUGAGCUUUUAUUUCCAAAUGUCUUGGUGAAUAUAGCUAAGACAAUUGGUUCAGAUAAUCACCUUUGUCAUAUUAUCUCUCAAGAGGUUGAGAAGAACAUCUUUUGUGAUUCUAAUGACUUGGUUAAGUCAAUUCAAACUAUGCUGAGUGCAUUGAACAAACUUCGAUCUAUCUAUGUUGCAGAAAUAGCUGGUUCUUUCUCAACAUCUAUGAAGCAUAGCAGAACCCCAACUGGAACAAAAACUCGUGGUGCAUCAGCAACUUCAAAAGACCGUUCACUUAAUGUUUCUAUGUCAAAGUCUUCAUGGAAAAAGGUGUACUGGCUUUCAAUUGACUAUCUUGUGGUAGCUAAAGCAGCUGUUCAUUGUGGAUCAUACUUCACAGCAGUUUUGUACAUUGAACAUUGGUGUGAAGAACGUUUUAAUGGUCUUCAGUUAGGAUACCCUGAUUUCUCACAUCUGGAAUCGUCGCCUCCACAUGUGGAUCUGCUUAUGACUGCAUUUGAACAUAUUAACGAGCCAGACAGUAUAUAUGGCAUUGUCCAAACAAACCAGUUAACAUCACAGAUAGUGACAUUCGAGCAUGAAGGAAAUUGGAAUAAAGCUUUAGAGUAUUAUGAUUUACUUGUGAGAUCUGCUUCCGUUGGCUAUGGAAAACAUUCUUUUGCUGAUUCACUCACUUCUUCUCAAGCCAAUGCAGAGAAAAGUAGUUGGAAGUUUUACAAAGGUUUAAUGAGAUCAUUGCAGAAAACAGGUUGCACUCAUAUAUUGGAUGUCUACUGCCACGGAUUGACUAAUUAUAGUGCCUAUCUGCAACAUGAUUCUGAAUUUGCUGAUUUGCAGUAUGAAGCUGCGUGGAGGUCUGGAAAUUGGGACUUCUCAUUAGUUUCUGGAGAUACUAGCACUCCUUAUUCAAGACAAUCUUCUAGUAGUUGUCAAUUCAACGAGAACUUGCAUAGUUGCCUGAGGUCCUUGUAUGAGGGAAAUGCCAGUGACUUCCAUGCAAUGCUUCUGGAUUCAAAGAAGGAUUUGCUUCUAUCCAUUGCAAGUGCCAGCAGGGAAAGUACUGAAUAUAUUCAUUCAGCCAUUGUGAAACUUCAGAUAUUAGACCAUCUCGGUGUCUCCUGGGACAUCCGCUGGAAGCCACACAAUCAUCAGAAAACUACAACAUACUCAAAGAUAACUAAAAUUUCACAUGAUCCUGUUAUCCCAACAGAAGACCAGUUGGGAUGGUUUAAAACUGAAUGGCGCACUGUCUUAAGGCAUGCACAGCUACAUUUAAAUUUGUUUGAACCUUUGAUUGCUUUUAGGCGUGUUCUAUUUCAAAUUUUAGAUUGCAAAGAGUUCACAACCGAACAUCUGCUGGAAUCUGCUUCAACUUUCCGUAAGGGUUCCAGGUUCUCCCUUGCUGCUUCUGCUUUAAAUGAGCUGAAGCAACUCUGCUGUCAGAUGGAACAGAAACCUACAUCGCAAAUGUAUUUCCUUGGAAGGCUUGAAGAAGCAAAACUAUUAAGAGCUCAAGGUCAGCAUGAUAUGGCUAUCAAUCUUGCAAGAUACAUUGUAGAGAACAACUCCAUAGGAGAAAAGAUGGCUAACAUUUAUCGAUUGGUUGGGAAGUGGUUGGCUGAAACUAGAUCUAGCAACUCAAGGAUUAUCUUAGAACAGUACUUGAAACAUUCAGUGGAAGUCACAGAGUUGAGCAAAAGUACAAGUAAGAAAUACUUGUCUAGACAAUGCCAAAGCUAUUACCAGUUAGCACACUAUGCAGAUGGUCUAUUCCAAAGCUAUGAAGCAAGACUAGCUUCUAGUGAGUGGCAAGCAGCUCUGCGGUUGAGAAAGCACAAAACGAGGGAGUUGGAUGCACUCAUCAAGAGGCUAAAAGGUUCUUCGAAGGGUGAGAAAAUAGAUUACUCAAUCAAGAUACAAGAGUUGCAAAAACAACUUACAAUGGACAGGGAAGAGGCUGAAAAAUUGCAUGAUGACAGAGAGAACUUCCUUAGCCUCGCUUUAGAGGGAUACCGGCGUUGUCUUGUUAUAGGUGGCAAAUAUGAUAUGACAGUGGUAUUUCGUCUUGUUUCCUUGUGGUUCAACUUCUACUCGAGAAAUAAUGUUGUCGACGAGAUGAUUAGUACAGUGAAGGAGGUUCAAUCAUACAAAUUUAUACCACUGGUUUAUCAGAUUGCUUCAAGACUUGGUAUCUAUAAAGAUGGACAAAGCUCAACCAGUUUCCAGAUUGCUUUGGUUUCUCUUGUAAGGAAAAUGGCUAUAGAUCAUCCAUACCAUACUAUUUUCCAGCUUCUUGCUUUAGCAAAUGGGGACCGUGUAAAAGACAAGCAAAGGAGUAGAAACUCAUUUGUUGUAGACAUGGACAAAAAACUUGCAGCAGAGAAUCUCUUGAAUGAGUUACUGACAUUUCAUGGAGCUCUUAUAAGACAGAUGAAACAAUUAGUUGAGAUUUACAUCAAACUUGCUGAAUUGGAGACAAAAAAAGAGGAGACUAAUAGGAGAGUACCGUUACCCAGAGAAAUCCGAAAUAUUCGUCAGCUAGAACUUGUACCAGUUGUCACAGCUACAGUUCCUGUUGAUCCCACUUGUCAAUAUCAGGAAGGUUCUUUUCCACAUUUCAAGGGCUUGGCUGAUUCUGUAAUGGUAAUGAAUGGCAUAAAUGCUCCCAAAGUAAUUGAGUGCCUUGGUUCAGAUGGUCAUAUAUAUCGUCAACUUGCAAAGUCUGGGAAUGAUGAUUUACGACAGGAUGCUGUCAUGGAACAAUUUUUCGAUUUGGUAAAUAAUUUCUUGCAGAAUAAUAGAGAUACUUGGAAAAGAAGGCUAAGAAUUCGUACGUACAAGGUAGUACCCUUUACUCCGAGUGCUGGUAUACUUGAAUGGGUUGAUCGUACUAUUCCACUUGGCGAAUACCUUUUAGGAAGUGCAAGAAAUGGUGGAGCACAUGGACGUUAUGGGGUUGGCGAUUGGACAUUUCUUCAGUGCAGGGAAUUCAUGAUGAAUGAGAAGGACAAGAGGAAGGCAUUUGUGAAAAUCUGUGACAAUUUCAGGUCUGUUCUGCAUUAUUUUUUUCUGGAGAAGUUUUUGCAACCCGCAGAUUGGUUUCAAGGCAGGCUUUCUUAUACAAGAAGUGUUGCAGCAAGUUCCAUGGUUGGUUACAUCGUAGGACUUGGAGAUAGGCAUUCAAUGAAUAUUCUCAUAGAUCAAGAAACUGCAGAAGUAGUCCACAUCGACCUUGGGGUUGCCUUUGAGCAAGGACUUAUGCUUAAAACUCCAGAGAGGGUUCCAUUUAGGCUGACUAGGGACAUUAUAGAUGGGAUGGGUGUUACCGGUGUUGAGGGUGUCUUCAGAAGAUGUUGUGAAGAAACUCUCUCUGUCAUGAGAGCAAAUAAGGAAGCACUGCUAACUAUUAUUGAAGUAUUCAUCCAUGAUCCUUUGUAUAAGUGGGCACUCUCACCUCUGAAAGCUUUGCAGCUGCAAAAGGAAACUGAUGAUGGUGUAGAUGCAAGCCUGGAGAGUUCACAAGAUGAUGAAGGAAACAAAGAUGCUGCACGAGCUACCCUCAGAAUCAAAGAAAAAUUAGAUGGUUAUGAAGCAGGUGAAAUAAGAAGCGUGCAGGGUCAGGUCCAGCAACUCAUACAGGAUGCAAUUGACAUUGACCGGUUGUGUCAUAUGUUCCCCGGUUGGGCAGCAUGGUUGUGAGAAGCUUAUCAACUCUGUCGUGUUUCAACUUGCCAGAACCAUCUCAAAGCGCCUUCACAUUUUGAACCUGUGAUGCAGCAACAGAAAGGAGCAAAGCAUGUUUGAUCAUUAAAGUGAAGAAUCCAGGGUGCUAGUUGACCUGUCCAAUGUUUUCCUCUAGAUGGAUGGAGUUUCGACUUGAAAUUUAAGUACUUUAUCUGAAAAAUUGGGUACCAGAGUAAUGCAUGCUCACUUGAAUCGAACAUGAAAAAUGUUUUGACCCACCUGUUUUUAUCUCCUAGGAAGUAGAAGCAAAAUUCGAAUAUCUAAGUUGCUGUAUAUAUCACACGAAUCUUGGACAGAUUAUUUAACCAUGUUAUUAUAGAAA